ACACACACACACACACACACACACACACACACACACACACACACACACACACACACACACAAGAGGAACUCAUUCACAUGCACAAACAAAGACUCUCCCCUACCCAAGGACCACCAGCCCACGUACAGACUGGAGAGACUCCCUGGGCGCUGACUGUUCCCACUAUGCAGGACAACAAGUCUGAUGUGAAGGCCAUCACUGCUCGCUUCAACACGGGGGGAAAUGCUACAGAGGGUAUCUCCUCAGAACGUCCAAAAGCUACAGUGCACCCCACCCUGUCCUCAGGACCCCCCAUCCAGCCUAAGAAACCUGCCCUGGAGACCAGCCUCUCAGGCAGUGCAGCCUCCACCGCGCCCAAACCCAACUUCCUCAAGAGCACCAUCUCCACCAAGAGCGCUCCAGAAGUCAGGGACAAACCCUCCUUUGUCAAACAGUACCCCUAUAAACUCAAACCACCUGGCCCAGAGAUAUCCCAGGAUGCUGAGGUCAAAAGCCCUUUGCCCAAACUCCCUCUCCAGAAGCAAUCUCUGAGCUUGACCUCGUCUGACACCAAGUCUGCCUUUCCCAAACCUCCCCUGGGUGUGGCCAAACCCUCCUGGGUCAAAGACAGCAGCCCCAAACCUGACGAUAGUGGGGGUACCUCGAACUCCAUCCCACCCAAAAUACCCCCUUCCAAAAAAAACAUAAUCUCCAUUGCAAAGAUGAGUCUACAGACAGAGGAUAGUGUGGAUGGAGCAGUGGAUUCUACCACCAAACCACUGGGAGCAGCUUCUAUCCUCAAACCCUCCAACUUCAGGACUGCACAGAACAUGUUCAAUAGAGGAGAUACCCUAUCUGAGAAUGGGGUAAAGGAAAUAACCAAACUUCCCCUCACUUCCAGCGACUCUUGUCUUCCUAUACCUACAGCCAGUAAGAAACCAAGCUUCAUUAAGAAGCCCCUGGGUCCCACCUCCCCAGUCGUGGGGGUGAGCAACAGUAGCCCGUCCCCCCCCAAAUUGAACCCCAUGCCUAAUUUCCUGGCAAUAGGGACUGCGCCAGCCAAACCCAACCGGCCUCCUAGGGUGACCUUGGAUAAGUUCAAGAAGGGCACAGAGGCUAGUACUGAUGGUCCUGCUGGGUUAAAGAAGAGAUCUGUUCCCCCAACCCCUGCCUCUCACCCCAGUAACCAUAUGGCCCCACCCCUGCCCUCUCACCCCAUGGCCCUUAGCCUGCCCCCGCGACCACCAGAAGCCAUAAUACAACCUGACCCAGAUGAGAACUAUGAUGAUGUGGGAUUAAUGAACAAUCCUCCACCCCCUCCCUCUGGAGGACAUCCUAGUCAAAAGACUAAGGACAGUGAGAGUGAUGAAAUGUAUGAAGAUCUUGACAAAAGAUGGGGGGCAGUGGAAUCAAAGGAGCAGGAGAAGAAGAGAGAGAUGGAGGAGAAAAAACGACAGGUGGAAAGGAAAGAACAGAAAGAACGUGAGAGGAAAGAACAAGAGGCCAAAAAGAAAUUCAAACUGACUGGUCCACUGAAGGUCAUCCACAGGGUCCAGGCCAGAGUGGACAGUAAAGGGAGUAAGACGGACCUGGGGCUGAAGCAGGGAGAGUCUAUUGACAUCAUGCGUGUUUUGGACAACCCAGAAGGACGCUGGCUAGGGAGGUCACAGGACGGCUCCUAUGGCUAUGUGAAGACUGAGUCUGUUGAGAUUGACUUUGACACCCUGAAGCAUCAGGGUGUGUCUAUAUCCAGUCAUAUGGAGCACAAACCGGAGGUAUACGAUGAUGUGGCCUUUCAGAAUGACCUCAGCAGUGGGAUUAAGAGUGCAGGAAUGGUUUUUCCUUCCCCUCCUGAUAAGGAUAGUGACAUAUAUGAUGAUCUUGACGAUUCAAGCUUCGUCAGAGUAUCCCCACCUUCCCAGUUUGACCAGACAGGAAAAACUGAAUCUUCUGAAGUCAGUGAUUCAGAUAUUUAUGAUGAUGUUGACACCACUAACUUCCAUCUGCCUCCACCUAUUAGCAGUCUCCCACUAAGUAAAACCAAGGGUAAGGCUGAGGACAAAGAUCCUAAAAAGCUAAAGACACUUGAAAAGGAAGAGAAGGAAUUCAGAAAGAAGUUCAAGUAUGAUGGGGAAAUCCAGGUACUCUAUCAGGUGACCAUCGUUUCCACCUUGGCCAAUAAGAAGUGGAGCAGUAAAGAUCUGUUGUUGAGACCUGGGGAGACUCUGGAUGUCAUCGUUAAGCCUGUAGACAACAAACUCAUCUGCAGAAACGAGGAGGGCAAGUUCGGCUACGUCUUGACCAGCCAUAUUGUAGUAGAAGAUGCUGAUAUCUAUGAUGACAUUAGUGAUGGUUGCAUCUAUGACAAUGACUGAACACUGUCUACAAAGUGAUGUGAUAUUUGUAUUUUGGGGGUUUCUUGUUUAUAUCAACAACCUUUAUCUAAUUUACUGUGAUUAUUUUGAGGUGAAGUGGUUUUCAUUCAAGAACAACACAGUCCACAGACACUUCCUCCCUUUAUGAAUAACUGUGACUUUGCAUUGAAUAGGCCUAAAUGACAUACAAUGUUACGUUUUUAUAUUGAAAGUGUAUUUCAAUGCUUAUAUUCUAUAUUCAACAAGAGAUAUUACAAUUCUGAUUGGAAACAAAGGUGCAAUGAUGAUGAUGAUACAUUUAUCAAAAAAAAAUAUUAACAAUUUGAUGCCAAAUAUAGCAUGUCUGAUCAGUUGUCAUAUGGUUGGCUGGUUCUCACCUGUCAUGUUAUGUCAUAUUGUAGACCUGCUGAAAGUAAAAGUCCAUUAGUGAUGUGCAAUUCGCAAACGAUUUGUUCUUUUUUAACUACUCUUUUUACUGACUUGAAAAUCAUAAUUAGUUUGACUGAG